AUUUUAAUUCCCUACUUUUAUGAAUAUUUCUUUUAUAAUUUUGAUAAAAUGAGUAUACUCAAUCGAAAGGGACCGGUCUUCGAUCCAGGCUUGUGCCGUUGUUGUGGUGGUUUGAAGAAAUGUCGUCUUUUAAACGUAGAAUACGAAUGGUCGGGGCAAAAGGAAGUGUAUUCCGAUAUGUUUGUGGAUUGCUUCGGAUUACUGCUGUCCCACUUGGACGGAGAGGUUACGGAUCGUUUGAUAUGCGCCACAUGCGUUACGCGACUCCGCGAGGCGUGCUCGUUCAGGCGGCAGGUGCUUUGUUGCGAACAGAAGUUGCUGCAGACUGAAAUACACGUGCAUGAAGGAGAAUCAGAAGAAAAAAUAAACACAGAAACACUAGUCAAGGUGGAGAACAAUGAUGUUAAUGUGGAAUCAAUGAUAGAUGAUGACAAUGAUGAUGUUCCAGAUCAUAUUGAUAAUGACGGAGAUAGCGUCAAGAGCGAACCGCAAAUAAAACCAAAAAAAUCGGGAAAACUGAAAAAGAAGAAAGAAAGAAUUAAAACGAAGAGGAAAUCUAAAAAGUCCAUUCCAAUGAGAGAAGAGCAACUGGCAAGAGAGGAAGUGUUGGAAAAAAUUGCAGAAAUGAGCGCGAAAUUGAGAAAAAUGGAGGAGUAUGACGAAAUGCAACCCAAGCCGAAAAGGACCAUCGACAAUGACCACAAAUCAUUCCACAACACAAUCGCCAUAGUCGAGAACUCAUACGUCUGCCCAUUCGAUACCUCCUUCAGCGACUACUACUGCGUCUACUGUAGAGAAGUCUUCACAGACCCGUGCAAACUCAGAGAGCACACGUCAACCCACGAUCCUACCACAUUCAAAAGCACGGUGUCAAACAAAAAGCUGCCGCAACUCGAUGUGAUGAAGGUCGAUUGUCGAUUGUGCAACCUACACAUAGACAAUAUAGAAAAUUUAAAACAGCAUCUAACGACACACGGAAUCAAUUUCUACGCGAUCAACAACGAGUUUCUAUGUUUCAAACUGACUGUGAACAAUCUGACAUGCCUCGAAUGUGGAGUGUCUUUCAGCUUCUUCCAUGCUUUAAAGAAACAUAUGGCGGAACAUUUCGGUACCUGCAUAUGUGAUGUAUGCGGGGCCCAUUAUUUUGAGGAGCGAAUGCUGAUGCUGCAUCAGAGGUCCCAUCAGAGAAUAGAAGAGAAUUACCCGUGUAAGGAGUGUGGGAAGACCUUCAAGUCGAAACAUAGCAGGUACUUGCAUGUAGCAAGAAUGCAUAAGAAGGAGCCAGCAUACCAAUGUAAUAAAUGUGAUGAGAUUCUCUUCUCUUACACGCUGAGGUAUAGACAUAUGAUAGAAGUGCAUGGUGAACAGAGGAUGUACCCGUGUGAACACUGUGAGAGGGCGUAUGAUAGUAGGAAGUCCCUCAGGGAACAUAACAGGAGGUUUCAUUUGAAGAUCUUCAAGCAUCAGUGUGAUUUGUGUGAGAAGAGGUUCUAUCUACCGUCGAGGUUGAAGGAGCAUAUAGCAACGCACACUGGCGAGAGGAAUUUCAGAUGUGAAUACUGCGGGAAGAGUUAUCCAAGACUCCGCGGCCUGAAGGUGCAUAUGCAAUCUCACAGUUCAGACAAGAAGUUCAAAUGCGUGAUGUGCAACGCGUCCUUCACGCAGAACGUCAACCUCAAGAACCAUAUGAAGCGGCAGCACCAGAGCUUAGAGGCCGAGGAAGGGUACCACGAGGUAGGGCCGUAGCAGGAAGUGAACUACUAAUAUUUUGCUUCAGUAACCUAGUAAA